AUGAGCGCGGGUGCGAAGUUCGGUGCCCAGCAUAUUACGCGCGGCAUUGGCCGCUUGUCACAGCAUGUUUUGACCGAGGGCCGUGGCUCGUACUUGACGACCGAUCAGGGUGUGCGGCUCCUCGAUAUGACUUCUGGUAUUGGUGUCGUGAACCUGGGCCAUUGCCACCCGGCCGUGACCAAGGCGGCGCAGGAGCAGUGUGCACGCCUGACGCAUGCGCAGGUCAACAUAGGCUACAGCCAGCCGCAGCUUGAUCUGAUCAAGGAACUGCAAACGAUCAUGCCACACAAGUCGCUGGACUCGUUUUUCCUGUGGAACUCGGGCUCGGAGGCGGUAGAGGCGAGUGUCAAGGUCGCUCGUCGUAGCACGGGUCGUCCUAACAUUGUCGUGGCGCAGGGCUCGUACCAUGGCCGCACGGCCGCCACCGCGGCGAUGACACGGAGCAAGACGGUGUACGGCCAGGGCGUGGGUCCCCUGAUGCCCGGUGUGUUCUCGAUGGAGUUCCCGUACUACUCGCAGAUGUUCAUGCCGUACCACACGCCUAUGGACAAGUUGGUGCAGCUGGCUUUGGACCGUGUUGAGCUCCUGUUGAAGCAGGAAACGGCCCCAAGCGAUACCGCUGCGAUUGUUCUCGAGUCGGUGCUCGGUGAGGGCGGCUACGUGCCUGCGCCGACGGCCUACUUGCAAGGCCUGCGUGACAUUUGCGAUGCGCAUGGCAUUCUUCUGGUGAUUGAUGAGGUCCAGGCUGGCUUUGGCCGUACAGGCAAGUUCUUUGCUAUCGAGCACAGUGGCGUGCGUCCUGAUCUGAUGGUAUUUGCCAAGGGCUUGGCGAACGGCUACCCGCUCAGUGGUCUUGCUGGUCGUAAGGAGAUUAUGGAUGCUAUGCCGCCGGGCAGUAUGGGUGGUACGUACGCCGGCAAUGCUGUGGCGUGCGCUGCCGCGCAGGCUACGAUUCGUGUGAUGCGUGACGAAGGUGUGCUGGACAAUGUGGCUGCGCGCCACACGCAGCUGGCCCGCGGUCUUGAGAACAUCCGUCACACACCGGGUGGUAAGCUGAUUGAGGACGUGCGUGGCCACGGUCUGAUGAUCGGUGUGCAGUUCAACACGCCGAAGAACAACCCAGUGGCUGGCAAGCUGACGCAGGCCUGCUUGCGUCGCAACAUGCUUUUGCUGAGCACCAGCUCUUUCGAUGUGGUGCGCUGGAUCCCUCCGCUCACGGUGUCCGAGUCUGAGCUCGCCGACGCGCUCUCGAUCUUUGACGCCUCGCUGCAGGAGGCGGCGGCCGAGGCCGGCUUGGUAUAG